AUGAGUUUACGACGAUCAAUUGUGUUAUUAAUAUUGUACAUUUAUCGAACUAUUUCGUCAAGUGGUCGACGUUUUCGUUAUUGGAGGCUUGCUAUUGUCGCUGUCAUUAUCUGUUUCAUCAUUGCUGUAUCUACUCUAAUAAAAAAAACGACUCUUGGUAAUAAUAGUUUAGAGCAUCGAUUAUCGAAGAUAGAGGAAAAAAAUAAAAAACAUGAAUUUAUCAUUGAACAACGAUUUAUGACUAUGUUUAUAAAUGAAACUAAUACUAACAUAACAUUAAAGGAAUCACAUGAAAAAAUACCAUCUGAUGCACGUUUACGUUAUUCAUUUAUUGAUAUUGAUCAUCUUAAUGUUGAUAUAAGUUAUCUUGAUGAAGCAUAUCGUCCUUCACAGCAAUUAAAUAUCGAUCUUUUAUCUGCAAAGAGUCAUCCAUAUACGCGUAUACUUAAUGUUAAAGGUAAUUCUACUGUUAUCAUAUACAAUCGACUACCGCAAUGUUACGAAUUUACCAUGAGAUCAUUAUUACACGAUGUAUCUCGUGUUCAUUCAUAUACUUAUGUAUCAAGUACAAUAUAUGUUCCAUUUUCUUAUAAUAAAUCUGCAUCACUUUCGAUAGCACGAUCGUUAAAUCAACAUAAAUUUAAACAAUUAAUAUAUGAACGACAUAUAUAUUUCUUUGAUUUUUAUGCAUUACAAUUUCCUAAUCAUCCUGUAUGGAUUAAUCUAGUUCGUGAUCCAAUAGCUAGAAUAGCAGCAGAAUAUGAACGUUCACGUGAAAUUUGUCGAACGACAAAUCGUUGCUUUGUACAAGCAGAUACAAUAAAAGAAACACUUGAUGAAUGUGUUGUAAAACGAUCACCAAAAGAAUGUAUUUCAUCUCAAAAUGGUAUUGCAAGGAUGUUACCAUUUUUUUGUGGGCUAACAUUUCCAAAGCGAUGUCAAAAAGAAAAUGAUUGGGCAUUACGAAAAGCAAAACAAAAUAUUAACCUUUUCUAUACAGUUGUUGGUAUUGCAGAAGAAUUUUAUAAAUUUUUAUACGUUCUUGAAAAACUCCUACCACAAUAUUUUAAACUUGCUCGUCUUAUAUUUAUGAAUCAACAAAAUUCAAAAAUAUUGGUAGAUGACAGAGAUUUGAAUAUUCGACUUCCAAAUGAAAACACAAUCAAACUUCUUAAACCACUUCUUCAAUACGAAUAUGAUUUAUAUGAUUAUAUUAAACAACGAUUUUUACGUCAAUAUGAAUUAUUAGUUGAGCUUGAUAAUUGA